AUGGCCCCGCCCGAAGCCGCGACGUCUAUUCGGUACCGCCCGCUCGACCGGUCCGGGAGCGAGAUUCGCCUGCUUGAGCUGCAGCCGGUGACGACCAACGACAUUAACGAGCGCGUCGUAUGCCGUCUGGUCCAUGAGCGGCUAAGCGACUCCUCCGACUUCAUCGGCCUCUCGGCCCUGUACGGCGACAUCACCGUCACCGAGACCAUCUUCGUCAACGGAGCCGCCAUCUCCAUUCCCGUCCACCUCGCCCAGGCACUGCGUUACAUGCGAGUCGUCUUCCUGGCCGCGUCGCUGCCAACGCCAGAUGCCUCCAUGACCGAUCUUCAGGGCCCGACCACGGUGCCACCGCCUCUGCCAGUGCCGCCCAAGAAAGCCCCUGGCUGGCUGCGGUCUCUUCUCAAGAACGUGCGACACAUGCUCGCCGAGCCAGGCGCGCCGCGGGGUGGCACACCGCCUCUACGGAUAUGGCUCGACCUCCUAUGCAUCAACGGCCGGGACACGCGUGAGGAGUCGGAGCGACGGGCUCACAUGGCGCGAGCAUACCGCCACGCCAAGAUGGUGGUGGGCUGGCUGGGGCUCAAGGACUCGACUUCUGAUCUCGCCAUUGAGAUCAUCAAGGCCUGGGACAAGUGCAUGCCCGUUACCUUUGGCGAGCCAGGUGACCGCGAGGCCCAUCCCAACGACUAUGCCCCUAUUUUGCAGUGGAUGGGCCCCGUUGCACAUUUGAGUGACAUACCCGAGGGCAUCACCGACCCGCGCGAGGUGCCCAGCUACAAGGCCAUCUCCGGAUUCCUCAAUCGGCCAUACUUUCGCAACGCGUGGAUCCUUGACGACAUGAGCAAGGCGCGCUUCCCGGCCUUUUUGCUGGGCGAUGACAUUGUGUCCUGGAUGCAGAUACUGCGGUUGAACCGCGUCAAUGAGGAUAUCAAGGACAAUGGCGCCGAAAUGUUUCCCGACGAACUGCGGCCGUUGCUCGAGUACUUGCCGCUGGGCAGCGUCUACGCGUUUUUGAAGGAGUUUGACAAUCGGCAGAGGCAGGACGGUAUUACGCCUGCCAUGCUGACGACUACGAGCUCGGUCAGGAGCUCGUCGUCCAUGACGGGCAUGCGGACCAAGUCAAGGCAAUGAGCCCCCGAUUCAAAUGUUUUGCAUUUCUUUUGUCUCUCUUCUGCUUCUCAUUUUUAAAUUCUGAAAAAACUUCAUCCACAGGGCAUAAUGAUAUGUGCGGCUUCUAGAAUGGCAGGAGAAGAUCGAAAUAAUUUUCUUUAGUUCUUUUUGUUCUUUUCUCUUCUCUUUUCUUUUUUGUCAUUUUCAUUUUCAUCAUUCUUUUUUUAUUUGGAUGGAAAGGAAGGAAGGGCAUCCUCUCGGGUUAUUGCGUGCGUUAUGAUUGGCUCCUAGGAAACGGGAAACGGGAUCGUCAACAGGUUUUGGAACUGCGAAACUGGGAUUUUUGUUUUAUCCCGCCUUUGAUCAUGAUAAGCGGGAUAGUGCUUGGCGAAUUUCUUGCUUUUUUGUUAUGUAGAGAGAUACCAAUGAGGAAACUGUAGAUAGACUUCAAUCAGAGGAUGACUUGGG